GGGGCGGAGUCGGAAGCAGUAGUAAGGAAAACUUGUAUUUGGCGGAAGUGAGAAAGAGUGAGAAACCGGAAGUGUGAGAGAGGGAAGUGCCCGACACCGGCUGCCCGCUGACCGAGAUCUGGAGGCUGGCGGAGUGCUACUCCUGGGACGCCGUGAUAUCGCCUGAGGACCGGCUUUACCGAAUAAUCGCCAGGAGGGAUCUCGGGGGCCGAGUGACAGCAGUCUCAGUAGGAGUCCUGGAGGCCCAGAGGUCGCUGCUCUUCGGUCACUUACCGUCCGGGUUCACAAACUACCGCGACCACCGGCAGCCGCUCCUGGAGCACACCUUCCGCUACUGCUUGGUUGUGAGGUGGAUGACAAUGGCGCAGGAGACUAACCACAGCCAGGCACCUCUUCUUUGUUCUACUGGCUGUGGAUUCUAUGGCAAUCCUCGUACCAAUGGUCUUUGCUCGGUGUGCUACAAGGAACAUCUACAACGGCAGAACAGCAGUGGCGGGAGGAAUAGUCCCUCAGUUGUGUCAGUAGGAAAUGGGGUUGAGACAUCUUCCAUGCAGCAUGCAGUUACUUCUCAGGAAAAUGAUGUAGUGGAAUCAGAACUCCCAGAAACCACAGAAGCCAGCUCAUCAUCACAGGUGGAAUCUGUCUCAUCUUCAGAAGCUGAAAAUACAGAGAACAGAAUUGCAGAAACAAAUGAAACGCCAGAUUGCACUGGCAGGUUCUCAGACAAGGGGUUCAGUUUUUCAAGCAUAGAAAAGGGGGGAUCUCAGCGCAGUGUUUUGGAAGAAGGAUCAAGAAGGGGGAAGAGAAAACUUAAUGAAACAGAUCUGACGUUAGAAAGUACUAAUGCUGCCUCUGCAGAUAGCCCACAGAACUCCUCUGAAGAGCAAGAUCGCUCUCCUGUGAAAGCCAAGUUGAAGAAGAGGAACCGUUGCUUUAUGUGUCGUAAAAAGAUUGGCCUUACUGGGUUUGAAUGCCGAUGUGGGGAUGUAUUCUGCGGAACACACCGCUAUUCUGAUGUUCACAAUUGUUCCUACGAUUACAAAGCUGAUGCAGCUGAAAAAAUCAGGAAAGAAAACCCUGUCGUGGUUGGGGAAAAGAUUCAGAAAAUCUGAGGAAAGCUCGAAGUUUUGUGUUCCUGGUGACACCAGCCUUUUGCCGUGGGAGAUGGGCUGUGUUGGAGUACAAUAUUUUACCCCACCCUGUUUGUUCUUGACUUUGGAUCCAUGGACAUUGGAUCCUCUUCUCUUCAAUUUUUUUCUUUUUAGUUUGAUUUUUUCCCCCUCUUUCUUACUGCAGCUUUCCUAAAUGAUCGAAAAAGGAUUAAAAAAAGGAAGAAAAAAAAAAAAACUAAACAGACUUGAGUAAAAUCUUUAAUAUCUUCAGGUUAUUUCCAUCCUUUCCGACCAGUUAGAUUUUAUAUUAUUAUUAUUAUUAUUAUUAUUAUUUAGAGGGACAGAGGAUGCAAAGGAGUUUAUUAUCUUGCCUGGACUGGCUUUGUUUCAUGGUGUUCACAUAUACACCUUUGUUCAAGCUCCUGGCUCCUUUAAACCAUUGUAUUUAUCCUGAAGUAAAUGGAUCAAUAUUUUAUUGGACCAAUUUAAUUAUGUAUGUUUGAGCUCUGGAGAUUCUCCCUUUUUUAUACGAGGGGCCAACUCUAGAUGCUUUUGUUUUGCAACAUUGUGUGAUUGUGUGGAUGAUUAAAGGUUCUCUAACUAUGAA